CUGCAAUAAGAUAGCCUGCGCGCCGUAAAACGGUUCAGGCGCGCGAUACCUGGCAGGCUGCUGUUAUUUCAAAUAAAAUUGAGCAUGGACUUCAAAGAGGCGCUCGUCAAAGCUUUCGGCCAAAAUCGUGAAGUUGUAUUGUGCGCUGCGGGCACGGCGGCUGCUCUGCUUGGGCUCGGUCUCGUGUAUAAAUAUACGCGUCCGGGGAAAAAGUUAACUCGGGUGGGAGUCGUCGCGCAGCUGCUGGUGCAUCCCGUGAAGUCCGGGAAAGCGCUGUCGGUGGAGACGGCGGAGUGCCUGCGGAUGGGGCUGAAAUACGGCGAACUGCGGGAUCGGCACUGGCUGGUGAUCACGGAGGACGGCCGCAUGCUGACCGGCAGACAGCAGCCUCGCCUGGUCCUGGUGUCUUUGACCUGCGAGGGAGGCCAGCUGCGUCUCAGUGCACCUCGGAUGGAGGAGUUGAGGGUUCCUCUUCACCAGCCCCGCAAUGCAGUUGUGGACUGCAGAGUCUUUAGUGUAGACGUUCAGGGCAGGGACUGUGGGGACGACGUGUCUGACUGGCUGACCCGAUACCUGGAAUCAGACAAAAUCGUUCGUCUGGUCCAUUUUGAGUCUCAUCUGAAGGCCCAGAAGCCUUUUGAGAAGGAGCCCCUCUUUCCCAAGGAUGAAAAGGUGGCCUAUCCCGAUGCUGCUCCGAUCAUGUUAAUGUCGGAGGCCUCUGUCAGGGACCUGAAUACCCGACUAGAUAAGGACGUUACCGUCUUUCAGUUUCGUCCCAGCAUUGUUGUCAGUGACUGCGAGGCCUUCUCCGAGGACACAUGGGAUCAUAUUCAGAUCGGCCAGGUGGAGUUGAAGAGAGUGGUUGGCUGCGGAAGGUGCCUGUUUACCACCGUUGACCCCGAGACCGGAAUCAUCACCCGGAAAGAGCCACUGGACACUCUCAAAACCUAUCGACUGACUGACCCCAAGCAGAAAACCGCGCCAAUAUUGGGACAGUACUACACCGUCAAGAGAACAGGUGUCCUUCACGUGGGCGAACCGGUUUGUACGAUCACCUACUGAAACGGCCAGACGUAUAGGAACGUAGAACCCUACAUUAAAGUUCUAGUGAAUAAUUAGCAAGCAGACAUGCCAUUGCAUACAAUUUUUAAAGUUGGAUCAAUAUUUUUCUUCAAUAGAUUUUUACUGGAUCAGAAAAAUGUAAUUGUAUAUAGAUUUUGUAAAAUGUUCUAUAGAAUUAUGGUUGGAAUUGAUGAAACGUCGGGACAGAUUCCAAAACCGUUUGGAAAAAAAUAAAUCCGUCAUUAUUUAAUGCAAA